UUUUAAUUCAGCCCUGGGUUAAAGGCUUACGUUAGCGGCGCCUCGUGCGGGCGUGUGCUGCACCUCGCUCCGGGAAGCUGCCGAGGAAUGUGUUUAAUAGAGGAGCGAGAGCGCUGGGUGUCAGCGGCAGAAAGCUCCUAAUUGUUUCGAUGCCGUGUGUUUGCCGCUGGAACCACUGGAAAGAUGUGAUUAGAAACCGGGUUAAGUCUUGAGGCCCGAGAGCGUGUGGGAGCUGAGCGGCAGGUCCUGCUGCGCCGUGCGUGCCGUCACGUGUCCGCGGCGGGGAAGGAGGAACGGCGGCGUGUUGGUGUUGGUCUGAGGGCGCGUGACGUCCUCGCAAACGGGCGGCUGGGAGCGCGGUGUGCGCGAAUGGAGCGCGUGGUGUUGUGGAAUUGAAAGAUCAGGCUGGGGACGCUGCCGGAUUGCAGGGAGUUUUCAAUGCCUGAAGAACAAACUGAAACUAUAAUGGCAGUUGAUGAACUUCAAGCCAUAAUAGAAAGAUGCCAAAUUCUGGAAGAAGCUGAUUUUAGAGGAGAAGAUUAUGAUCUGUUUCAGGUAGCAGGUCAGAAAUGUUUAGAAGAUGGGUAUGCUGCUCAGUUAUUAGAAGUGAUUCAAAAUGUGAAAAAUAAGGUUAUCAUCAAGAAUAUGGGUUGGAAUCUCAUCUCUCCUCUUGUUAGAUGUAUUUUAGCAUAUAAAAAGGAAGAUGAGAAGCGAGAACUCUGCCUGAAGAUACUAGAUCAGUUGGUGCAGCUGUGCAAUCCAAAGGAACUUUUUUUGGGUUUACUUGAGCAGAUUGAACAGACAUCAGGAGAGCAGGUGUGCCAGACUAUCAUGUUACUGCUUCAACCUUUGCAGACAGUGCUUUUGAAGCUUCAGAACAAGAAGGCCUACUCGGUGGGCUUAUCUUUGGCCAUGAUUAUGAAUCAGCUUACUGCCUUGCCUGUACCUUAUACGAAGCAACAAAUACAAGAAGAUGAACUUGGUCUCUGCCAGUGUUGUAAUGCAGUGGUGGACUUUGCUAAACCUUUUGUGAAUGAAGUUGUUAAAAACGAGGAAAAGUCAUCAGAAUACAAUGACACGGAGCUGAAAGAAGAAUUACUGAAGUUCUGUAUGAAAAGCCUGAAAUACCCAUUAUUGACAGCUCAGCUUGAACAACUGGAAGGCAUUGAAGAACAUCCAUUUCGCCAUCUUGCAGCUGAAAUUAUAGACAUUUUGCUGGAUAUAGGAGAACUAAUGCCACUAGUGUUCUUACAUCAUAAAAGCAGAAGAUCAUACUGGGAGAAUCAGGAGCUUGAGGAUAUAGAGCGAAAGAAUUCUGCAGAUUCUUUGGCAUGUCUGUCAUACCUGGUGUUUGUUCAGCAUUUUGGUAUCAAUUGCUUUCCAAUGGUAUUUAGUUCAUCAUACCUUCUCCAAUGCAAUAUGACACAUAUUGAAGUGCUACUGAAAAGAACAGAAGAAUCUGUGUUAUCUAAAGGACUUGAUCUGUUUCAGAGCUGUUUAUUGAGAAUGGAAGAUAAUGGCCUUCUCCAUCAGUAUUUGGAAUUCAGGGAAUUUAUUAAUGUGCCUCAGGAUUUGGUGAAAAUUAUGACCCUUUGUCCCAUAGAACAUCUGAGAAAGAAGAGUUUGAGUAUUUUGCAAUUGUUCAUAGAUAAAUUUGAAGCAGAGGGAAAAUAUACAUUAUUCAGGUGUUUACUGAAGACAAGCAACCAUGCUGGGGUAGAAGGAUACAUUAUUAAAAACAUAAAAGAUCAGAUUCACUUGUCGGUAACGAAGGCACACGACAACAUUUGGUUUACAGGACAUCACCUGAUCUCCCUUCUAGAUUUAGUGCUUUUGCUUCCUGAAGGUGCUGAGACAGAUCUUCUCCAAAACUCAGAUAGGAUUAUGGCAUCACUAAAUCUACUGAGAUAUUUAGUCAUUAUGGAUUGUGAAAGUGAUAAUCAAACUGGUGUGUGGACUGCACUUGCCAAGAUUGAGAAAAAUUUUUUAAAACCACUGCAUGUUGGACUGAAUAUGUCAAAGGCACACUAUGAGGCAGAAAUAAAGAAUAAGAAAGAAAACAGAAAAGAGGCACACAGUUCUAACACAAUUUGUUCUUUGACUGUCGGUGGGGAAAAGAUGCCUGCCAUGACUACUGAAAUGCAACUUCAGGUUUUACAGUCAGCUCUCUUCACAUUUGAUUUAAUAGAAAGUGUUCUAGCUCGAGUAGAAGAGCUCAUUGAAGUGAAAGUAAAAGCUGUAAUGGAUGAAAAUAUAUAGGUCAUCUGAAAUACCUGAGUUAACAUACUUUUUGCAAGAUCAUUUUGAUCAUUUGACUUGAGUUAAAAAGAGGGUUAUGCCAACCUUUAGAGAAUAGCUUAGAGUGGCCUCUAGAAAAAUUGCAAGUCCUGCUCUUCAUUUGCCUGUUGCUGGUUUUGUUUUGUUUUUGUUUUUGUUUUUUAAGCAAAAACAAACUUAUUUUGCCAUUUCUGUCUGUGAUCACAGAGAUGGCCUGAAAAGUGUUCACCUUCAGAACUUGAUGUUUUUUCUGAAGUAUAGAAUGUAAAUCUACAAGACGUUUUUAUGUUGUGCUGUGGUAAGAAUGUAUGAUUGUGCAUUUCUUGUUCUAUUCAUUUUCGAAGUAUUUUAGGUAACUUGCUGUCUGAUGAUCUGAAUUAUAAAGAUUUUAUAAAGUAACCUGGAGAGCUGUGAAUUAAAAA